AUGAUAUCACUUCUGCGCCUGCUCCGACUAAUUGGAGUUGGGGCUUGCGGUAUUUCUGCGCAGUUUGUGACGCCGCCCGACGACCUCAUUCAGUCAAUAGGGUAUGCCGGUGUUCCAGUCCGGUUCAAAGAAGUGCCUGCGGGGAUUUGCGAGUUGGACCCGAAUGUAAAGAGCUUCUCGGGUUACGCGGACGUCGCCGAUGAUCAGCACAUAUUUUGGUGGUUCUUCGAAGCUCGCGGUAUUAACCCGGAAUAUGCUCCGUUGACGGUGUGGAUAAAUGGAGGCCCAGGCUCUAGCUCAAUGCUUGGACUUUUCCAGGAACUCGGUCCCUGCGGUGUAGAUUACUUCGGGAACAUCUACAGCAAUCGGAAUUCGUGGACCAACGCGAGCAACGUGCUUUUCAUCGACCAGCCGAGCCAAGUCGGGUUUUCAUAUUCAAACCCUGUACCGGCGUACGAGGAGGACGGAAACAUAAUCGUACUCCCUGACCAGACCUGCCCUGAGCAUUUACCGACACCUUCAACAUGCGGCACCUAUUCGAGCCCUAAUAUCACGCUCACGGCAAACUCGACUGUUGGAGCAGCGCAGGCAUUUUGGAAAACGUUACAAGGGUUCCUGGGGACUUUCCCGGAAUACUCGGAGAAUGGUCUUCAUCUUGCUACCGAAAGCUAUGGUGGUCAUUAUGGGCCUAUCUUCAGCUCAUUCAUCGAGAGACAGAACGAUUUGGAUAUUCCUGGAGCGAAAAGGAUACAGUUCGAGACGUUACUGGUUGGAAAUGGCUGGUUUGAUCCCAUUAUUCAGUAUCAAGCCUUCUACAACUUCACCGUAAGCCCGGGAAACACUUACGACUACGCCCCAUUCAACGCGUCAACAGAGUCUUUGGUAUUUGACAACUUAUAUGGACCCGGGAAUUGCCUGGACCAACUGCGAGAAUGCAAGAGCACCGGCCUCAACAGCGUCUGCUCGAAAGCCGACGAUUUUUGCAUGCAGCACGUGGAGGACAUCUACCGAGAUGCGCUCAGUCGGGACGUAUAUGACAUCCGGGAGUUAUCCCCGGAUCCAUUCCCGUACAAGUUCUUCGUCGACUAUCUCAACACGCCUAAGGUACAGAAAGCGAUCGGUGCCUACACGAACUUCUCGGCGCACAGCGACACAGUAUAUGAGGCCUUCAGUACGACAGGGGACGAUGCCCGAGGAGUAAAUAGUAUUGAGAACAUCCAAUUUUUACUCAGCCGGAACGUUACAGUAGCACUGUAUGCUGGCGACGCGGAUUUCGACUGCAAUUGGAUCGGAGGCGAGGCAGUGGCGUAUGAGAUCCUAGCCCCCGGCUUCAACAACGCUGGGUACGAGAACUUCACUACCCGUGACGGUGAUGUUCAUGGACAAGUCAAGCAGACAGCGGGGUUCAGCUUCACUCGGAUCUACGAAAGCGGCCACAUGGUGCCUUUCUACCAACCACUGGCCGCACUUGACCUGUUCGAACGGACGAUUUCCCGGACUGACAUUGCGACCGGCACUCAGAACGCCAGCUCCGUUUACCAGUCCACGGGGCCGCCCAAGAGUCUGUACCGCGAAGGCAAUGCGACCAUGCAAUGGAAGACGGUCUCGACGGACAAGACUUACGACACCGAGGCCAACCGACCCGGCAAGGCCUGGGUAAAGCUCCCAGAUGAGAGCGAGACACUGAUAGACAGCGAUUAUCAGCGACAGUAUCCGUUUCAGAACUUUCGAGGAGAAGAGGAUAUGAGCGCCUGGCGUCGUCUUUUGGAGUAUUUCAUUUAUGUCUUUUAUUCUUGA